GUCCACAUCUAAUUGGCGGCGAGCAUCUCGAAUUGUUUUGACACCACCACGUGCCGAGCGAAUCGUUAUUUAUAUUUAAUUAGUUUGUAUUAUUGCUGGAUUGUAAGUGUAUAACAAUGCCAGGUAACACAAAACAGCCACUGCUCUAUUUGGAAGAGUACAGACUAAAGCAAGAUCCACAAGAUUAUGGUCUGGCCGAUGAAGUCUUUAACAUGAGCGCUUUCAAGAGCAAACUGCAAGUGGUGAUUGUCAGGAAUGAUGAGGAGCAAGGCUUGGAAUUUGAUUUAAUUGGUGUUUAUCCAGCCAUUGCCAAUGCUUUUCGGCGCUUGAUGCUAAGCGAGGUACCCAGCAUGGCGAUUGAAAAGGUCUAUAUCUAUAACAACACCUCGAUUAUACAAGACGAAGUGCUGGCACAUCGUAUGGGAUUGUUGCCGCUCAAGGCGGAUCCACGACUCUUUGCCUAUCGCACCGAAGAAAGCACUGAACAGGGCACAGAGCAAGAUACGUUGGAAUACGAACUAAAAGUUAAGUGCACGCGUCGUAAGGACGCCACCAAAGAUCAGUCGAACUUUGAUGAUAUCUACAAGAAUCACAAGGUGUAUUCGGGUCAUCUGAAGUGGCUGCCCAAAGGCAAGCAGGGACAAAUCUACAGCGAGAGCAGUGUUAGCUGUAUACACGAUGACAUUUUAAUUGCACAAUUGCGACCAGGACAUGAACUGGAUUUGCGUUUAAUCGCUGUGAAGGGCAUUGGCAAGGAUCAUGCCAAGUUUUCGCCUGUGGCCACCGCUUACUAUCGACUAUUGCCGCAAAUCACGCUUAACCGAGAGGUCUCUGGCAAAGACGCCUAUUUGUUGCAAAACUGUUUCUCGCCCGGAGUGAUUGGCAUAGAUGAGAACGAUUGUGCAUAUGUGAAAGAUGCGCGAUACGACAGCUGCAGUCGGAAUGUCUUUCGCUAUCCGCAUUUGUCUGAUGCUGUCACUAUGGCGCGUGUGCGGGAUCACUACAUCUUUAAUGUAGAAUCUGUAGGUGCUCUGAAGCCUGAGGUGAUAUUUCUGGAAGCUGUUAAGGUGUUGAAGAAGAAAUGUCGCGCAUUUAUUGAUGAAAUUGAGGCAGAAUGAGCCGCAAAAGUUAGUUAUAUUUGUGAACAUUAUUAGUAAUAAGAGAAAUAACCGAUUAGCAUUCUAAUUAAAAACUGAGUUUUGCUUUACGCUUCAGAAUCUUGAGACGAAAUUCUGUUAAUACCACUUGUAAACGUUCCUGGCAGAGCAGCGCAUCUUCCAACUACAAAAAGAGUAAUGUUAACUUGCUGGAUUGAUUUUAAAGUGAAAACAUGCAACUUACAUCCAUGUGAUUGAGUUGCAAUGAAACACUGUUGCCAAAUAGAUCAAAUUCGCUGAUGAUGUUGUCAUCCAUUAUAAUUUCAUCAUUCGUCUCGUCCAUUUUGUAUUCCGGCAUCAACAUCUCUUGUUUUAUGUUUUGUUCGUGUUCGUGCUCGUGCUCAAUCACCUCUUCAGUUAUCUCGUACUCCUGCUCGAAGCCCUCCUCGUUCCCCAACAAAUCUUCUAGUAUGGAAUCGUUGGAGCACGCAUCCUGCUCGAUUGGCGGCUCCGGGGGAUCAAUCUUUUCGACCUUGAUGCGUUUCACCUUUGGUUUCU